GAUGUCUAGAACUGGGAACAACAUCCGCCCCCAAUUUAAAGAAGCUUCUGCUAUAAAAAACGGCCAAAAGAACUAACGCCUCCGAUCUGAGUUUCUCGCAUCUAAUACCCAAUCCUUCACUGACCUCCGCGAACAGCCCCUGUGAUCAGCAUUUCCUUUCGGGUCAUAGCGUCGAUAGUCACCCAUAAAGCGAAACAAGAUGGCCGAUAUUGCCGAAGACAAAUCCCUGGGACUCACUUACGCGUCUCACCAAUACGGGAAACAUGACCGUCAGAAACUAGGCGUAUGGCGGUUUGCUGAUCGCCCGGCCCAAAAAACUGGUUAUUGGGUGGUCUUCAUCCAUGGAGGUGCCUGGCGUGAUCCUCGUAACAAUGAGAACGAUUUCACCGAGUCUAUCAAGCGUAUUGUCAUCUCGGGUGCAGUUGCGAUACUGGACAUUGCUGGCUUUGUUAGCAUCGACUAUCGGCUAUCACCUCACCCAGACUUCCCUCAAGAGUCUGCCACCAUAAAACACCCAGGUCAUUUGGAAGAUAUCUGGUCAGCUUUGAACUACCUACAAGGCAAGUACGAGUUGUCAAACAACUACAUCCUGGUCGGUCAUUCUGCGGGUGCAACACUCGCGUUCCAACUUCUCAUGAGUGGGGACAUUCUCGCCUCUCACCCCAAGGGACCCUUGCCCCUUGCCAUUGUUGGAGUAUCAGGUAUAUUCGAUCUUGUUGGGCUCAAUGACAGGCAUAACGGCGGGUAUGCUGGCUUUAUCGAAGCCGCAUUCGGUGACGAUGAGUCUGCCUGGGAGAAGGCCUCUCCAGCCCGAUUUGGAUCAAGCUUUAGAGACAACUGGGCAAGUGGGAAAUUAGCAAUGCUUGCAUGGUCUACUGAGGAUACACUUAUUGAUGAGCCGGAGAUUGAUAAUAUGGCAUCCCUUUUAACAGAGCAGGGACUCAAAGUUGAAGUUAAUAAGCACCUCAGAGGCGAGCACGAUUUUGUAUGGCACGACGGGAGCCAGAUUGCUCGCCUAGUCAUCACCACUCUUCAUCACUUAAACAGGAUAUAAAAAGGCCUUUGAUAUAUCAUUAUAUUCGCUUUAGACAUUACCAUUUACUUGUUGUCUUACUUAAGAGCCUAUGCCUUCUUAUUCAAAGUAAACGCCGAAUCCUUGUAUUAGUGUACUUGCCCAAUCUUGUGCCUCUUAUUUCUUUUUCAUCAGAACAAAUCCAGUUGACGCAACUCGAGAUGAAGCAAUCAUGAGAGCACCAAACAGAAAAACAGUACCACCCCAAAUCUGUGCAUAUACAAAAUUGCCAUUCGAUUUAUCCAGGAUGGCACCAGCAGUCGGGGGUCCAGCCAAGCUGGCAAAUGCAGAAAUCGUCUGAACCAUACCGAAGCGAGUACCCAUUUUACGGGGAUCUUGAUUACUUGCUCGCAUUAGCACCAACAAAUGUCCCCUGACAUGCGCCGUUCACGAAUCCAAAGAAGACGCAGAAAGCGUACAUGCCGGCGACGGACUUAACGCCAAUCCAGCAGUACACCAUGACGCUGAGUGCAGUCAUCCCAAUAAGGAAUGCGUUUAUCGGUCCCAGGAUAUUGUCUGCCAGGUAUCCCAUUAUAGGCCGUGCAGGAAUACUCAUUGCGUUCACAAUCAGCAGCAAGCUGACAGCUUCAACUGCUGUAAACCCGAUUACGUUGCGAGCAUAAACGUUGAUCUAUUUACUGUUAGCGACAAUAUCGCAGUACGGCUGGUCUUGGAAGGAGCCACUUACAUAAAAGAAACCAAAGUAUAAGGCAUAAAAGUUCAGAAACGCGCCCAGCACGAACAAUAAAUAGGGGAGUUCCCUGAAGGCUUCCCAUUCUAUCAAGGGCCCUGAUUUUCUCGGGGCGAGGUAAGGCUUUAGUAUGAGAUUUGCGGCAACUAUCAAGACGAGAGCGACGAAACCAGCACAGCGGACGGCCCAUGGGAAACCUAUUUGUGGAAUGAGAUAUUGGAGAGUGGCUGGGAAGAUGAUGGAACCCAGCCCAGUGCCCGUUGCAGCCAGCGCCAGAGCAAAUGCCUUCUUGGCUUUGAAAUACGAACCAACAACAGUCACAGCAGGCAUGAAUAGCAAGGCUAAGCCAAUGCCUGUGCAAACACCCUGUGACAAGAAUAUUUGCCAAUACUCUUUACACAGACUGGUCAUGAAGGUUCCCAAGAUAGCCAGGAAGCUUCCGAAGGCGACAGUCUCUCUGGUAUAUCCAGCAUCGGCCAGACGGCCAGCUGGGCCACAGAACGCGAACGUCAGGAAAGUCUGGCAGGAACCGAUCCAAGAGAUCUGAGACGAGGGCAAUCCAAGCGAUUCUUCAUAAUGAAGCUGGUAUACACCAAAGGAGGCGGGGUAGCCCCAUGCCAAGCAAUUGAUGAAGACACCAGCAAGAACUUGAGACCAAGCUGUGAAGCCUCCAUCUGGUGGGUCGAAACUUUCAGGAUCAAAGACCGGAGGGGGGGCGU